AUAUGGUAAAAGAAUAUGCAUGCCAUGAAGCCUCAAAUAUGUCUCUAUAAAGUAAAACGGAUAGGCUUAGUGCGUACGUUUCAACUAUUUAUUCAUAGAGAGAAAGCUAGGAAGAGAAAGGAGGAAAAUAUUAAAGCUCUUGCAAUUCUCAUGAACUGUGGAGUCGUGUUGGGUUUCUAUUGUUGGGGUUGGGAGUUCUUAACUGCCCUUCUUCUCUUCUCUCAUCAACCUUAUUGAUCAUUCUCUUCUUCCUCUUCUUCUUCAAAAACCAAUUUCUUUUUAUACAAAUAAAGAAGAUACCAAAGAAAAACAUAGCAAAAAUAUAAAAAUAAAAAAAUGGAAGGAACAAGCAAUAAGGGGUUGUUGGAAUGUGGAAGGAAGUGCACUCCACCGCCGUUUUUGUUGAAGACUUAUAUGCUUGUGGAGGAUCCGGCCACCGACGACGUCAUUUCGUGGAAUGCCAAAGGGACGGCGUUCGUGGUGUGGCAGCCGCCGGAGUUUGCUCGGGAUCUCCUCCCAACACUCUUCAAGCACAGCAACUUCUCUAGCUUUGUACGCCAGCUCAAUACUUAUGUACGUGGCUUUCGUAAAGUUGCAACAAGCAGAUGGGAGUUUUUCAAUGACAAGUUCAAGAAAGGUGAAAGAGAACUUCUACAUGAGAUUCGGCGAAGGAAAGCUUGGAGCAGCAAGCAACAACCUAAUGCACCAAACCAAGGCACACCCCAAGACUCUGAUGAGGAUCAAAGGUCCUCAUCAACCUCAUCAUCUUUUGGUUACACUACUCUUGUGGAUGAAAACAAGCGACUCAAGAAGGAGAAUGGGGUGCUGAACUCUGAGCUCACAAGCAUGAAAAGGAAGUGCAAGGAACUGCUUGAUUUGGUUGCCACAUAUUCAUCACAUGCAAAGGAGGAGAAAAAGGAUGAAAGGCCAAUGUUGUUUGGAGUGAGAUUAGAGGUUCAAGGAGGGAGGGAGAUGAAGAGGAAUAGGGCUGAGAUGAGUGAAAGCACAAGCAUUAUGUUGUCUCAGUCAUGCAAAUAGCUAGAUAUGAUAUCAUACAUAGAGGCUUUUUAAAAGUAUUGGGUAUAGAUACUGAAGAGUAAUAAUCAAAUAUUUGAUUAAUUAGCUUGCUAGGCUUGCAAAGAGUAUUUUCGCCCAGUGUUGUAGUUAUUUUGGCUAUCAUAUUGGGUGCAUCAAGAAACUAAUUAAGACACCCCUCAAGCAUAUGCUGUAGUUAUGUAAUGUGGUUUAGAACGAUAACACGUAAUCAAAAAUAAUUAAAAUAGGCUCAAGUGCCGUUAAUUAGUUAGUUUAUUGUUUUGUAAUGUGACAAAUUAAGUAACAUGAAGUAAACAGUAGUUCACAUGCAUGGACAGAUCCAGAAACUACUUA